AAAACAUUACAUUUUUAUGAUAGUUUCACCAGGUAUACCGUUCACUGUAAAACGAUCAAUUGAUGAAGAUCAUCGUAAUGAAAUAAAAGAGAUGAAUGAGUAUGAUGUACAAAAACGAAUCAAAAGACCGAUGAAUGCUUUCAUGGUAUGGUCUCAAAUGCGCCGAGCGCAGAUUGCUAGCACAGAUGUAAAAAUGCACAAUUCACAGAUUAGCAAAGAAUUGGGUGCUGAAUGGAGAGAAAUGAGCGCUGAAGAAAAAGCGCCAUAUGUUAAACGGGCUAAGGAAUUACGGGAAGAAUUAAUGCGUCGUCAUCCAAAUUAUGUUUAUCGUCCAAAACGUCGAUCACAUGGUACAACAAAAAAUUUGCUAAGCAAAUCAUGUACUAUACUUCCAACAACCACUGGUCCAUCAAUGCAACCAUCAUCAUUUCAACAAAGAUCGCAUUCAUUGUCAUCAAUUCCAACAGCUCAUGAUAUUCGGCGAUUUUUCUUAGCUCGAGUAAUGCAAGAACAGCAAAACAAUAUGUUAUUAGCUGCAUAUCGUAAUCAACUACUUGCAGCUGCUGCUACUACAACAACACCUUUAAAAGAUUCGGCUAAUAUGGAUUUGGUUGAUCAAGAGAAAUUACAAUCAACAAUGGGAAAUAAUAUUACAACGGGUAAUAAUACUGCAAGUAGUGUAUCAAUGGCAACAGCGGAACAAUUUAAUCCUAUUUCAUCAUUAUCUAUGUUACAAUCAUCAUACAAUCCGAUCACUCCAUUGCUUGGUUCACAAUUUAAUCCAUUUCUGUUUAGUUAA